GUAGGGGCAAGGCUGUGGAAGGUGGAAGCGAGGCGUGGGUGGGGUGUUGGGGAGGCGUGCGGAGUGCUCCGGGAGCCGCGGGGGCUGAGGCGAUCCUCCCUUCCCCCCCCCACCACCAACCAUGAUUGGCAGCGUGGCGCGUCCCCCCCCUCCCCCUCGGCUGAUGCUGCCCCUCGGCCGCCGUGGAACACACAUCCGCACCGCCCUGCCGGUCCUCUCCGCGCUGCUUUUCUCUUGCCUCUACCGCUCUCGUUUGUUUUAGUUUUUUUUUUCCCACCCUUCUCCCCUCCCAUCUUUUGGGCGCUUCCCCUCUCGCCCGCCCGCCCGGCGGGCUGCCUCCGCGGGCGCGCAGCGCGGGGCCAUGCCGCCGGGGCCGCCGCUGCUCCGGGCCCCCGUCCUCCUUCUUCUUCUCCUCCUCCUUCUCCUCCUGCACUUCCUCGGCGCCCCGGCCCGCGGAGCCGUCUACACCAACCAUUUCUUGGUGGAGCUGCACGACGGGGGCCAGGCGGAGGCCGAGCAGGUAGCGGCGGAGCACGGCUUCGGCGGGGUACGGAAGCUCCCUUUUUUAGAAUCUGGAUACUUUUUUUAUCACAAUGGCCUUGCUAAAGCCAGGAGAAGACGCAGCCUUCAACACAAGAUUCAUCUGGAAAAGGACUCCAGGGUGAGAAAAGCUGUGCAACAGGAGGGCUUCAUCCGAAAGAAGCGAGGAUAUAGAGACAUCAAUGACAUUGACAUCAGCAUGAAUGAUCCUUUAUUUACGAAGCAGUGGUACCUGAUUAACACUGGUCAAGCAGAUGGGACUCCUGGACUUGACCUUAAUGUAGCUGAAGCAUGGGAGCUGGGAUACACAGGGAAGGGAGUAACCAUAGGAAUUAUGGAUGAUGGCAUCGAUUAUCUGCAUCCAGAUCUUGCAUCAAACUACAAUGCCAAAGCCAGCUAUGACUUCAGCAGCAAUGAUCCCUACCCCUAUCCCCGCUAUACAGAUGACUGGUUUAACAGCCACGGGACAAGGUGUGCAGGAGAGGUGUCUGCUGCUGCCAACAACAACAUCUGCGGCGUGGGAGUUGCAUACAACUCCAAAGUGGCAGGUAUUCGAAUGCUUGACCAGCCGUUUAUGACAGACAUUAUUGAGGCUUCCUCCAUCAGUCAUAUGCCUCAAGUCAUAGAUAUAUAUAGUGCCAGCUGGGGACCAACUGAUAAUGGGAAGACUGUGGAUGGACCUAGAGAGUUAACGCUGCAAGCAAUGGCAGAUGGUGUGAAUAAGGGCCGGGGUGGAAAAGGCAGCAUCUAUGUCUGGGCCUCUGGAGAUGGAGGCAGCUAUGAUGACUGUAACUGUGAUGGUUAUGCAUCAAGCAUGUGGACAAUCUCCAUCAAUUCUGCCAUAAAUGAUGGACGGACAGCUCUGUAUGAUGAAAGCUGCUCUUCAACCUUAGCUUCCACCUUUAGUAAUGGGAGGAAGAGAAAUCCGGAGGCUGGCGUGGCUACAACAGAUUUGUAUGGCAAUUGCACCCUGCGCCAUUCAGGCACGUCUGCAGCUGCCCCUGAAGCAGCCGGAGUGUUCGCCCUGGCCCUGGAGGCUAACUUGCAUCUGACAUGGAGAGACAUGCAGCAUCUGACAGUGCUCACCUCCAAGAGGAACCAGCUUCAUGAUGAGGUUCAUAGGUGGCGUAGGAAUGGUGUUGGGCUGGAGUUCAACCAUUUGUUUGGCUAUGGUGUCCUAGAUGCAGGAGCAAUGGUUAAGAUGGCAAAAGACUGGAAGACUGUUCCUGAGAGAUUCCAUUGUGUUGGAGGGUCGAUACAGGAACCUGAAAAGAUACCACCAAGUGGCAAACUGUUCCUCACACUGACAACUGAUGCAUGUGAGGGGAAGGAAAACUUUGUCCGAUACCUUGAACAUGUCCAGGCAGUUAUAACUGUGAAUUCCACUCGGCGAGGAGACCUCAACAUCAACAUGACCUCACCAAUGGGAACAAAAUCCAUUUUGCUGAGCCAGCGCCCCAGGGAUGAUGACUCCAAGGUGGGUUUUGACAAAUGGCCUUUCAUGACGACUCACACUUGGGGAGAAGACCCCCGAGGCACCUGGGCUCUGGAGAUAGGGUUUGUCGGCAGCCAGCCCCAGCAGGGUGUGCUGAAGGAGUGGACAUUGAUGCUGCACGGGACUCAGAGUGCACCAUACAUAGACCAAAUUGUAAAAGAUUAUCAGUCCAAACUGGCCAUGUCCAAGAAGGAAGAGCUGGAAGAAGAAUUAGAUGAAGCAGUGGAGAGAAGCCUGAAGAGUAUACUGAGCAAGAACUAGUGCUAUGUUGCAUGAUGGUGUCUUUCCUUCCCCAGACCCCUCUACUCACCAAACCUCUGUGUUAGAUGUAUUAUGAUUGUCUCUGUAGACAAAUUAUCAUCCCUCCUUGAUUUUAAAGUCUUAUAUCUCAUCAAUAAUUAUUUUAAUUGCCACUGAAGCAGUCCAUUUUUUAUCUGUAAACCACAAAAUAUACUCCCACCAAAUAUAAUGUACAGUUUGUGACUGUAAAUGAUGAAUUUUCUUUUGUGUUAUACAAAUAAGUAAUAACCUGCAAAGAAGUUAAUGGCUUUUCCCUUCAUAUUUCUGUGGUAAAUGUUUGUAUUUAAAAAAAAGAGUGAAUUUUAACAUUGGAAGUUGGUGAUAAUGAGCACAUUUUAAAAAACUACUGAGAGAAUCACAAAGAGGUUGUCAAGAGAGGUCUUUGAACGUGCUCCUUCUGCAUCACUGACUUCAGUGGGACUUUUUCCAUUGGUUUCAACAAAAGUAUCACUAAACCCCACAAAAAGAAAUAAUCCAGAGAUAAGGAAAAUUCAUCAGUCCGAUUUGCAGAAAUCCAAUUAUUUUGAGAGUUUUAUUCCAUACUACAGUUAUACUACAAACACACUUCAGCUGCAGGAUGGAUCAGCAGAUAUACAAUAAGGAAGGCAAAGCGAUGCCAAAGAUGAGUGGCAGGGAGAAGUGAUUUACAAACCAGGUCAGGGCCUUCUAGAAGCACAAGUCCCAGUUUUGCUGGAGUUUUUUUAAAUUUGGUUGCUUUGGGAGUUCUUUUCCUGUGUUGUUUUUUUGUUGGUGGUUUUUUUUGGGGGGGUGGAGGGGGAGUGGGGUUUGGGUUUCGUUUGUUUGGUUUUUUUUUUAGUUGAAAUUUGGCAGUUUAAAUCAAUUUACCAUCUUACAGCAGAACAAGUACAUAGGGAUGAACUGUAGGAUUUCUGGCAGCUUGCAUGCAUCUACUGGUCCCUCUACUGAGAUAUUCUCCAGCACUGUAAAAUGAGGCUGUGUCAGCAUUACCAACCACAGACACCUGUUUUUAGGGGUUUACAACCCAGCUGCCAGUAAACUGCUGUGGGGAAAAUUUGAAGCACACAGUUUCAGUCCCAAAGCAAUUUUAAAUUUAAUUUUUUUUUAAAGCUAUAUAUUUGCUGGCGUUACGUUAUACAAAUAUAUUUAAGGAGAAAAAUAUGCUGAAGUUAUUAAAGUGUAAUGCAAGGUUGGCCUUCUUGAGAAAUAAAAUGUAGUAUAUUUGGUAAGAUUUGUUGGCAGUCACUGUUCUUGGCUGUUUAAAGUCAGUCCCACCUUGACUUUUUGGACAUGAGUUAAAGUCCAUCUCUUUCACCCUCAGAGCAUGCUCUGGUUAUUGCUGCAAAAUGUAACAUUCUCCCCAGUGGGAAUUACUGAUGGAAGCAACCACUGCAUGUUCUCAGGUGUGAGAUCCCAAAUUUAACCUCUGAGAAAUAAAAAGUCUUGAUUCUUCGAAUAUUUAGGCACUUGCACUAAAGCCCAUCAGUGGACCUACUAAUACCUAAAGCAGGUAUUUCAGAUCUUUGCAGGAUCCAGGAUCUACGUUUUAGCAGUGACUAGUUUCAGAAUUUUAUUAAGUAUUUUUAAUAUGCAGAGCAUUAAUCUAAGAUGUCUUAAUAAAUGUUGUCCUGGUUGAGCCGGUGCAUAGUAGUAGAAUCACAUUCGCUAAGUAAAUAUUUAUCUAAAAAAUUAAAAACAUAACCCAAAGGUUCUAUGGUGGACAUGUUUCACCUUGAGAAUGUAUAAGAAUAAUGUUAAUUCAAGAGACUAUCCAUCUUUCAUUUUUCCAUAAGAGGCCUGUUCUUUCCUUUUCCAAAUGAAAAAUAAACAGCUCAACCUACUCAAAGACUGUGUGAGUUACACUCUAAAGCCAAGCCAAGCCAAGCAGCCUCACACUGCUCACAGGUUUCUUAUUGCGUGCAGCAGUCCCAUCAGAAAAUUUACCAUAUAUAUAUUUAUGCAUACACCUGUAUAACUAAAUGCAUACACACCUGUGGUAUCGCUCCCUCUCUAUAUAUGUAUAUAUAUAUAUAUAUAUGUAAUUACACACACACACACACAUAUAUAUAUAUAUAUAUAUAUAUAUUUAUUUAUAACAUAGGAUAUAUAUAUAUAUAUAUAUAUAUAAAACGGACAAUAUAUAUAUUCAGAGUUCAUUACGUAUAUUUGCAUAUGUAAAAUAUAAUACACAUACAUCAUAACUUUUGUGUAUGUGAUCAAAGAAAGAGGUUACUGAAAGUUUUUACUGGCCUUCUAAAAUGUGGAAAAGUUUUGGAAUAAGAAAAGUCCAUGUGGAAUUCUUAAAUGAACAUGUACAUGACUUCCCAUUGCGUUCAUGUAAUUUUGCAGUUGUCUGUUCAAUUAUUAAAUAUCUUAUAAAGCAGCAAAAUAACUAGGUGGCUGUCCAUAUUUUCAUAAUGCUGACAUAAUUUAGUAAUUGAAGAUUCACAAUAGUGAGUGAUAUACAGGAAUGGUGAAUUUUGGUAUAAUUAUAUAUAUUAAACUACAUUUAUAUACAAUAUAGAGAACUACUUCAAAUUCUUGGGGAUUUUUGCUUUAAGGGAUCACUGAAAAAUAUGUCCAGUUAGACUGAGUUUUUGUGGUAUUGCUGAUGGAAAAUAAAGUUAAUUUGUUAGUAUUUCUAAUAAAAGGGAAAUGAAGCUCACGAUGCAAAACAGGUGAGCCCUGUAGUGAUGUUUUAUAAUAUCAGUAAAAUAAA